AUGCUUGAAAAUCAUUUGAAUUGGCUAGAAAAAGGCAAAAGUUGCUUAGAAGAAAAUAAACCAAACGAAGCACUAGAAUGCUAUGAAGAAGCAAUUAAGUUAAAACCCAACGAUUCUAGAGGAUACAAAGGCAAAGGUAACGCUCUUAAGGCUUUAGAUGAAAAUGAUGAGGCUUUAAAAUGCUAUAGCAAAGCAAUUAAACUCAAACCUGAUGAUCCUGAAGCUUACAAUGGCAAAGGUACAGCUCUUAAUAAUUUAAAAGACAAUAUCAAAGCAAUAAACUCAUAUAAUAAAGCAAUAAAACUCAAACCUGACUAUGCUGAAGCUUAUUAUAACAAAGGGAAUGCUCUUGGUGAUUUAGAAAAGUUCACUGAAGCAAUAAAAUCCUUUAAUAAAGCAAUAAAACUCAAUCCUAAUUAUGCUGAAGCUUAUAAUGGUAAAGGCAACGUCCUUAGUGAUUUAAACAGAAAUUCUGAGGCAAUCGGAUGCUUUGACGAAGCUAUUAAACUCAAGCCUGGCUAUGCAAAUUCUUACAAUAAUAAAGAAAUGAAAUGGUGUCGUUGGCAAAAAUUGUGCUCAGAUGCUCACUCCCUAUGGAGCAGGAAGGACCUAUACAGAUGAAGUUAAAACAGGCACUCUACCCCUUUUUGAAGAAGGCAUUCAGGUUUAGGGAUAUCUUGCCGAAGAGGGAAGUUUUAUCCUCUCUUAGGUUUUCCUUUCCAUACCAGACAGGCUAGACAGUUUUUGUCGCAUAAUCAUUUUAUUACAAUAAUAAAGGGAAUGCUCUUUUAGAAUUAGGAAAAUAUGAAGAAGCCAUAGAAUGCUACGAUGAAGCACUUAAGCUAGAACCUGAUGAUGCUUAUACUUACUAUAAUAAAGGCAACGCUUUUAAUGAUUUAGGCAAAAAAGUUGAAGCAAUAGAAUGCUAUGAUAAAGCAAUCAAUAUAGAGCCUGACUAUGCAGAAGCCUAUUUCGAUAAAGGUAAAGCUCUUUAUGACUUAGGUAGAGCACCCGAAGCAAUUGAAUGCCAUGAUAAAGCUAUUGGCCUCAACCCUGAGCAUGCGGCUGCUUACUGUAAUAAAGGGGAUGCUCUAUUUAAGCUAUGCAGAUAUCCUGAAGCAGUAGAAUGCUAUGAUGAAGCAAUAAAGAUCGACCCUAACUAUGGUUAUGCUUAUUUCAAUAAGGGUUCAGCUCUUUAUGAAUUAGGCAGAAAUGAUGAAGUUAUGGAAUUGUUUGACAAGGCAAUUGAACUCAAUCCAGAAGAGCCUGAUUAUUACUUCAAUAAAGGUACAGCUCUCUAUGCAUGAAAAAGAUUUGAUGAAGCAAUCAUAUGCUUGAAUAAAGCAAUAUACUUAAUCUAUCCUUAUAAAUUGCAUCAGAAUGCAAUAUCAUUUGUAUAA